AUGUCUUACGCGCUGGCUACGAAGAAACGGAAGUUCCACAGGGUCCUUGAUUCGUUAUCGGGUGCCAAUUUACAGAGAUCUUCCAAUGCAAGCUCUUCGACAACUACACCUCAUGCCUCCCAAACGGACUCGGACACCCCAGCGCAGUGUCCGACGAUCAAAAGGGUACGGGUAGCAUCCUCGGGCUCAGAAACUAAUCCCGACGGUAUGGUCGCGAGGAAAUCUGUGUCCAAUACAUCUCUUGACUCUUCUCAGCAGCCAUCGCCGCAACCUCGCCCCAAUUUCGUUCCCUGGGACCGCGAGCGGUUUCUCGAGCGGUUGGAAACGUUCCGCAGGGUGGAUCGAUGGUCCCCAAAACCAGCUCCUAUAAAUGAGGUUCAAUGGGCGAAACGGGGUUGGUCGUGCGUGGAUGUUAUGCGAGUGGAAUGUGUGGGUGGCUGUGGUUGUGCUGUGGUUGUGAAGCUCCCAGAAGAUGUGGACGACGUGGGCGAGGAUGAGGCGGACAAAAUAAUAGAGCGUAGGGAAGUCGAGGCUAGAUUGGUGGAGGAAUAUUCUAAACUAAUAUCAGAUGGGCAUGCUGAACGAUGCCCGUGGCGGAAAAGCGGUUGUGAUGAUACCAUACAGCGGCUGCCGCUCACAAAUCCGGAAACAGCAGUAAAUAACUUACACACGCGCUAUUUGAAUCUUGCCAGUCUUGAGUCUAAACUACCUCCAAUCGAUAACAUCCAACUGCCAUCUGAAUUAGAUUUGGACGAAACACUCAGGAUAUUACCUCCGACAUUUUUGAGUGAUGCACUAGAGUGUGUGACCGGACAGCCCACUGACAAACUUCCCGAACAACCUAUCGAUCACGACUCUAGUCGAACCAAUAUAUCCUGUCAAAAUGGAGAUGGCAAAGUUAAUAAAACGGCAUUUGCACUUGCAACUUUUGGCUGGGAUGCCACCCCUGAUAUUGGGGCUGGAUUAGCAACAUGCGGAGCCUGCUUCCGUCGGCUGGGCUUAUGGAUGUAUAAACCUAAGGAAGACGGGAGUAUAUCGGUGUAUGCAAAACUUGAUGUUGUUGGCGAGCAUUUGGAUUACUGCCCGUGGGUCAACCCGGAAACACAGAGUGGAGGCCGGAAACCUGUCUUACAUGGCUUUGACGGGAAACGGCAGAGCGGCUGGGAAAUUUUGGCCCAGGCAAUUAAGACUGUCCAUCGUCGGCGGACGAGAGGUGAUAUACCCUCGACGCCAGCUGAGGCAGUUGAGGCAGCAAAUCAGGAAUCGUUGGCAAAUCCAGCAGAAGACAAGCUCGAUGACGACGAAAAGCGAAAACUGCGGGAUAGAGAAUGGUGGAUUAAACUGCGGAGAGUAAGGCAGUCUCUGCAAGUGAAGAGCCCGAAAAAGACGAAAUAUGUUGCUGGGGGACGUUGAGAAUUUAUAUCGCUUGUUAUAUAUAUGACAUGAUUUAAUCUUUGGCGCCUUUUCAGCUUCUAUCUUGCAAUGUAUAUUAUGUUAUACCCAUCGUGUUUAUCCUCAAUAUAGUAUUAUUUGAGUCUAC